UUCAAACUCGCGCAAGAACCAUCGGCGAACCAGACCGACUCAACAACUCAGAGUUUCGAUAAGGACCGCGCUUGAGGAACAAAGAGCUCCACGGACCACGACCCGGUCGUUUUGCGGGCUUGGAUUACCCGCUUGUGACCAGCAUGAACGCUCCAAUUCCCCCCAACUAUGCCCGGGCCUAUCCUCAGGCCGCGCAGCACUCCCCUGCCACGCCUCGUCGCGGUGCCCCAGGCCCAGCACCAGUGAUGCCCGUGCCACUACCACCGCAGGCAGUCCCCAACCCUCAACUCCUUGCCGCUCAGCGCACCAUGGCGCAGUCGAACGAUGCGGCCUUGCGACGGAGCCGGAAGCCGACAGAUAAGAAUAUCCCCGAUGGCGUCGAAGAGGUGAUUAUUGGGGAGGGCGUGCAGCAGUACAAGAGCCUGCGCGAGGUUGAGAAGCGGCUCGACGCUGCCAUGGUCCGUAAGAGGCUGGACAUCCAAGACUCGAUCAGCAGAACGGUGAAAAGAUACAGAACUCUGCGUGUCUGGAUUACAAACACUGUGGAGAAUCAACCAUGGCAGAAGGACGAGCAGAAUGGAGCCAAUCCGGGUUCCGGUCGCUAUAAGGUGAAAAUUGAAGGCAGACUGCUCGAUGAUGAUAGUGAUCCUACGGUUCCUGAUGAGAGCGAUGACGAGGGAGGGGAGGACCAGAACGGUGACGCCAUGGAGCAGGAUGGACAGGAGGGCACGAAGGACAAGAAGCCCGCCUCCAAGCGACCACGGCCGCGUCUGUCGCAUUUCUUCAAGACUAUCACCAUUGAUUUUGACAAGGCGCCAUCCGCAAAGCCAGAGGAGGUCAAGCCCAUCACCUGGAAUAAGCCUCAGCUACCACCAAACGCGACAUCUUUGCCUCCCACCGCCGACUUUGACUCGUUGCAAUUUUCGCGGGCAUCGCAGGAGAAUCUCAACGUGACCAUUAGCCUGGUCCGCGACGAGACCCCGGAACGGUACAAGCUGAGCAAGGAGCUUGCAGAGGUUCUCGACACAGAAGAGGAGGCGCGAAGUGGUAUCGUCCUCGGUAUCUGGGACUAUAUCCGUGCAAUGGGACUGCAAGAAGACGAGGAGAAGCGACAAGUCCGUUGUGAUCACCGUCUGCGUUCGAUCUUUGGUCGUGACCAGAUGUUCUUCCCUCAGAUCCCUGAAAGCACCAGCGCCCACACCAGCCCGAUGGAGCCCAUCAAGCUUUCCUACACGAUCCGCGUGGACCAGGAUUUCCACAAGGACCCUAAGCCCACCGUCUACGACAUCCGCGUCGCCGUGGAAGACCCUCUGCGCCAGAAGAUGAUCGCCUUGACGUCUAACCCACAAUACGCGGCCUCUAUCAGGCAGAUCAACGCCCUUGACGACCAACUCUCGCUGGUCACCCAGGCCCUUACACACUCCAAGGCCAAGCAUGCGUUCUACACCGCUCUCAGCAAGGACCCAGCCACCUUCAUCUGUCGCUGGCUCAACUCCCAGCGCAGGGACCUCGAGACCAUUCUUGGCGAAGCGACUCGUGGCGGCGGCGAGGAUGGCUCUGGCCCCGAGUUCCGACGAGGUGGUACCAGCAGCGUCUGGGAGACACCCGUCGCUCGUGAAGCGGUUCGCUACAUGCUAGCCAAGCCAGAUGCUGCUGCCGCUAGAUAGACGCAAAACACAGGAGAGUUAGUUCGAUCCUGAUUCAGAGUAAAGACAAAAACGAGAGGAAAAAAGAAAAGAUACAACUAAAGAAAAAAAAAGCAGAGACGACGGUUAAUCGAGGCGCUUGGUGGGGUUUUCUUUUUAUUUAUUCUUCAAACCGUGCUGUUCUCUUUUUUAACGUAUUGACCCGGUGUUCUGCGGUUCGGUUUAUCUCUUUUCUUUUCUGACCCUUGUUUGUUUCGCAGGGAGUGGAUGUCGCUCAUGGAUGGAUGAAUGGGUUUGAUUGAUUGACUGCUUGGUUGAUAGGCAGGAUUUGUAUUCAAUGUAAACUAAACUAAGCUCCUGGAUUCCUAUCGAUUCAUGGUCUUGUUCGAUAAGUCAUUUUUAUGUGUCCUUUUCUGGUCAAGGAAAGUAAGAGAUAUGUUUUUGCUAAGAACCUUUACG